CUAGACUGUCUUCACUGCUGUGCACUUGACCCUUUCAGCACUUUAACCCAGUCCUGUAUUUAUUUAGUCUACUAUUUAUCUGAUUUUAUUUACCUAGUCCAUGUAUGAUCGCUAAUACAUGUGUUUAUGUGAUCUACUGACAGCUUUGAAGAGUUGACCACGAGAAGAUAGAGAAAUUCAGAAUGAAUUGUCCUUAUUCCACAGCUGUGCAGUACUGCCCCGAGCUCCCCUUUCAUCGGUAUAGAGACCCCUCCUCCUGUUUGUCCUGGACGGAGAGUUCCUUCCUGGCCUCCAUAAUGUCACAGAACCAAUCAGAACAGAGCUCUGACAUCCUCAGUCAGGAUGUGUUUAACCAGCUACUGGAGAUGCUGGACCAGUCUGCAUUCCACUCGUCGCAGCCCAUAGAGCUGAACUUCUCAGACAGCCCUGUAGACGGAGAUGGACCAGCAGGGGAUACCAUCCAGAUCAGCAUGGACUGCAUUAGCAUGCACGAGGGACAGGAAUCUCUGUCUUCACAGUAUACCAACCUGGGGCUGCUGAACAGCAUGGACCAGAACAUUCAAAAUGGCGGCUCUACCUCCACCAGUCCCUACAACAACGGCCAUGUCCAGAACAACGUGUCAGCUCCCUCACCCUACGCCCAGCCCAGCUCCACCUUCGACGCCAUGUCGCCCUCUCCGGCUAUCCCCUCCAACACAGACUACGCCGGGACACACACCUUCGACGUCUCCUUCCAACAGUCCUCCACAGCCAAGUCUGCCACCUGGACGUACUCUACAGAGCUGAAGAAGCUAUAUUGUCAGAUCGCCAAGACGUGUCCCAUCCAGAUCAAGGUGCUGACCAACCCCCCGCAGGGCGCCGUCAUCAGAGCCAUGCCCGUUUACAAGAAGGCAGAGCACGUCACCGAGGUGGUCAAACGCUGCCCCAACCACGAGCUCAGCCGCGAGUUCAACGACGGUCAGAUAGCCCCUCCCAGUCACCUGAUCCGAGUGGAGGGUAACAGCCACUCCCAGUAUCUGGAGGACUCCAUCACAGGCCGUCAGAGUGUCUUGGUCCCCUACGAGCCCCCACAGGUGGGCACAGAGUUCACUACCAUCCUGUAUAACUUUAUGUGUAACUCCAGCUGUGUUGGAGGAAUGAACCGACGACCCAUCCUCAUCAUCGUCACCCUGGAAGCCAGAGAUGGUCAGGUGCUGGGUCGACGCUGCUUCGAGGCCAGGAUCUGUGCGUGUCCUGGACGGGACCGCAAGGCGGACGAGGACAGCAUCCGCAAGCAGCAUGUUACUGACGGAACAAAGACCAGUGAGGGUAUGAAACGUUCCUUCCACCAGGUCUCCCAUGGUAUCCAGAUGUCCUCCAUCAAGAAGAGAAGAUCUACAGAUGAGGAAGUGUUCUGUCUGCCUAUUAAAGGCCGUGAAAUCUAUGAGAUUUUGGUGAAAAUCAAAGAGUCACUGGAACUCAUGCAGUUUCUGCCUCAGCACACUGUCGAGUCGUACAGGCAGCAGCAGCAGAACCUCCUGCAGAAACAAUGGGAUCUCUGGGGCGAUGAGAGUAACGGCCUGUACCCUCCUCUCUCCUGCCCCAGGAGCACCAUGGCCCCCCAGCCCCAAUACGGGUCCAGCUCCCCUCCACCCCCACACGGCAAGGUCAACAAGCUCCCGUCCGUCAGCCAGCUCAUCAACCCCCAGCAACGCAGCACCCUCACCCCUUCCUCCAUGGCCCAAGGCCUGACUGACAUGACUCCGAUGAUGGGCCACAUGGCUAUGAAUGCUGACAUGUCUGCCCUGAGCCCCGCCCACAUCCUGCAGCCUCAGUUACCCAUGGUGCCCAGCUCCCACUGCACCCCUCCGCCUCCCUACCCUAUGGACAGCAGCAUCUCCAGCUUUCUUCUGCGGUUGGGCUGCGCAGCCUGCCUGGACUGUUUCACAGCACAGGGUCUGACCAACAUCUACCAGAUCGAGAACUAUAACUUGGAGGACCUGUCCCGGCUGAAGAUCCCGCAGGAGUUCCAGCACGUCAUCUGGAAGGGUAUCAUGGAGCACCGGCAAAGCAUGGAAUUCUCCCCUCCUCCUCACAUCCUGCGAACCUCCAGCGGGGCCUCCACCGUCAGCGUAGGGUCCUCUGAGGCCCGGAGCGAGCGGGUCAUCGACGCCGUGCGUUUCACCUUGCGCCAGACCAUCUCAUUCCCACCGCGUGACGACUGGUCCGACUUCUCCUUCGACCUGGACUCCCGACGCAACAAGCAGCAGCGCAUCAAGGAAGAAGGGGAAUAGGAAAAAAAAAACUCUCACACUCUGGAUGGAAUUUCAAUCCAAGGUGCACUGUUGACAAGCGCACUGCACCAAAACGGGUCUGUAUAAAAAAAAAAAGGCCAUUUCCCUGAAGUUCAGAGGUCACUUUUUACAGUAAACGCUGUGGAUGUCAGCUGAAGCGCACAUUUAUCAUUAAAAAAAGGUCGAGUGCAGUCCGCUUGUCGGCGAUGGUCCUUGGAUUUGAAGCCCCAGUCAUACAACUGUUGACCAACCACACUCCCGUAUCACGGUACAGAACUAGGAAAUCUCUGCUUUCGAAGUGCUCUGGGUCCGGUUUCCUCAAAAGCAUCUUAUUAAGGUUAAAGUUCAUUGUUAGAACCCUGGUUUGGAGCAGAACCAAAAACCCAUUGUUGGAAGUUGUUUACCGACCUGCCUCAGACUAGCUAAGUGCGUCGUCGUAAGACUAAAUCACAUCGCUAGCGGCGGAAGCCAGAUCCUGGUCCUUAGUUCAGAUAUCCUAAAUAAAAAUGCACUUAUUUUAUUAAAAAGCCUUCCAUAGCUGCCAGCUAGAGGAUGAGACAAAUUGGGUUUUUGUAGAAAAAAAAUACAUUUCAUCAACAAACAAAAAAAUUCUAAUCAAAUUUCUUGAGACAAAGCUCUUAAAAUGCUUUUGUGAUUUUGCUUUGAUAUUGUUUUAAUACGUUUUUAUAAUCGAUUCCAAUGUGUUAAAGACUUGAGUGGAAACCUUUUUGGGGAUUUGUUGUUGUUGUUGGGCUAUAGAAGGUGUAUGGCCAGGAUUCAAUCCAAAGUGCGUUAGACAGAUGAGAGAUUAAAAAUAAAGAUUGUAUUUAUGUAGGUGCUUCCGUCUUGCUGUUGACCCACCUUAGCAAACAUCUGUCAACUGCUCCCAUUUCAUAAAUAAUAAUAUACCAUUUAUAAAUUCACAAAUAUUGCAAAAUACAACAGGGUAUACACUCACAGUGGACAGUUUAUUUGGUACACCCAUCUAGUACCUGGUCAGACCCCAUUUUGCCUACAGAACAGCCUGAAUUCUUCAGGAAAUUGAUUAUACAAAGUGUAGUGUUCAAAAAGUUGCUCAAUUGGUAUCAAGCGACGUUUUUUUUUCCACUCCUAAAUUGUCCAGUGGAGCCUCUUCUUCUUCUUGUUUUUAGCUGAUAGGAGUAGAACCUGGUGUGGUCGUCUGCUGUAAUAGUCCAAUCCGUGACGAGGACCGACGAGUUGUGCGAUCCGGGAUGCCGUUCUGCACACCACUGUUGUACUCAGUGGCGGUUCUAGACCAUCUCAACUGCUGGGGGCCAAGCUGGGGCCAGUUGUACUGUUAGAGGGGCCAGUUAUACUGUUAGAGGGGCCAGUUGUACUGUUAGAGGGGCCAGUUGUACUGUUAGAGGGGCCAGUUGUACUGUUAGAGGGGCCAGUUGUACUGUUAGAGGGGCCAGUUACACUGUUAGAGGGGGCCAGUUACACUGUUAGAGGGGGCCAGUUACACUGUUAGAGGGGGCCAGUUACACUGUUAGAGGGGCCAGUUACAUUAGACGUUACAUUCAGGUAAUAGUAGCUUCUUGACUCUUAGUAAAAUAAUCAGUGGUAUAUGUGUGUGUGUGUGUGUGUGUGUGUGUGUGUGUGUGUGUAUAGUCGAGGCCAUAUGCAACCAAAUGUUGCAUAUUUUCGCAUUUCAAUUCACAAGAUCUAAUGAAUGAGUGGGUCAACCAUCGACGCAAAGCAAGAGCAACACGGGCAGAGAAGCAGCUUUCAUUGAUUUCAAAGCAUUUCCUCAAAUGCUGGUGCUGAAUAUCGGACGCCCGAUAGCCAAUAGUAGCAGGGAGGUUACGACCCGGCAGUAACCUGGUUACGACUCGGCAGUAACCUGGUUACGACCCGGCAGUAACCUGGUUACGACCCGGCAGUAACCUGGCCCGUUACUAGGGAAGCUAGUGUUGCUGAUCAUGGCCCGUUACUAAGGAAGCUAGUGUUGCUGAUCAACGCCCGUUACUAAGGAAGCUAAUGUUGCUGACCAAGGCCCGUUACUAGGGAAGCUAGUGUUGCUGACCAAGGCCCGUUACUAAGGAAGCUAGUGUUGCUGAUCAAGGCCCGUUACUAGGGAAGCUAGUGUUGCUGAUCAUGGCCCGUUACUAGGGAAGCUAGUGUUGCUGAUCAAGGCCCGUUACUAAGGAAGCUAGUGUUGGUAUGGGGCUACCAGCUACAUUAGCUUGUAGGCUAGCGGACUUUUCAUACGUUUUGUGAAAACAUAUGUACGACCUCCGAAAACAUUACUCAAUUGAAUAUGGUGCUUUUCCAUCCGCUUACCUUCAAAAUAAAGAUAUAAAAAUGUAUUUAUCGGUUCUGUUGACCGACAUUGGCAAACUUCUCAACUGCCAUAGUGCAAGCCAACAAGAAGUAACCUCAUAUAAACAGGCGAGUGGCGGCCUCUAGUGGCCAUAUUGGUACUGCACCAUAUACUGCUAAAUACAGCCCAAAAAUUAUAAAUAUUCAUAUAACAUGUCGGCUCAAACCUAAAUUACCAUUAAAAGUAUAAAUGCGCUGCUCUUUACUACACCUUGGAUUGAAUCCCGGUCUGUUGCUCUCGACUGGACCGUCAUGGAUUGCCUGCUGUUUUUAGUCCACGACACUGUUUUUACCUGCUGGUCACAAGCCGGACUUGAUUGUAUACAUUUCAACAUACAUAUUUUUUACUUUGUGUCAGAGAAAAGUGUUAUUAAUAAUAUGCUGUUUGUUGGUUGAUUUUUGAUUUUAUUUUAAAACCACAGAACAAAGUUAUUGCCUUGUAUUGUGCCUGUGUUAACCCUUCUGCUUCCAGGAUUUUCAGAAACCUGGGGAUUUUGCAACCCUAUUUGUUAAUUAAACCAUCGUGUUUUAUAACUCUUGGGGGAAGUUACUGGAAUAUUUUUAGUUAAAAAUUGUGUUUAUAUAACUCUUGGGGAAAUUACUGGAAGGUUAAACCAUCGUGUUUUAUGAUGACUGCUUUACUGUAUUUCUACGUGAACGAGAACGCAUUACACACAAACUUUUAUCUGAAGUAUUUAACGACUCAACACGCUCAUAGCCCUUGAGGUGGUAUCAAUAACGUUACAGGUCUUCCUUGGUAUCGUCCAAAAUUGCACCCUACGGCGGAAAGUAGUGCACUGUAUAUAGGGUGCCGUUUCGGACGAUAUUUUAUUGCCUGCUUGUACUGCCGUCUGUAACGACGGCGUACUGUUGUAUUGUGUGGGUCUGUUUAAACAUUUACUGGGCUAUAUUUCUCUAUUACAAACAAUCCUUGAGACUUGUAGUAUUGCUGGAUUUUUGGAACCACAUUUUGUAAACUGUUUUUUGUUGUUGUUACAGAUUAACUUGAUAGAUGGCCCAAACUAUUGAGAUCAUUGUAUAUACAUUUGUAUAUUAUUUUCUACUAAAAACACAAAAGGAUUUGGCGUAGAAUACUGCAUGGUUAAAAGCCAUUAUGGUACGAAGGGGUUUGGGUUAUUUGUAUUCAUUUAAAUGAAUUUAAAAAAACACAAUCGGUGUCUCACAAGUCAUUGUUCUCACUGAUAUUACAAGCGAUCUGUGCAGUGUUGCCAUAAAACACAGUUAUAUAAUUUCAAUAUUAAAAAAGUGCGAUAAAUCACUGAAUGAACAUGCUAUGAAUGACCCUAGUAUGUCAUUCAGUCGGUACAUUGAAAGCAGAAUCUAGUACUGUAAUCUGCUGUUCCACAAUUUUGUAAAAUGAAUUGUAAAUAUGUUGCAAUGUACUUAUUUUGAUAAACAAAAAAAUAAAAAAUAACCCAAGUUAUCAAA